AUGGCCCGUUCCAGAGGAGGAGUUAGAUCAUCCAGACCAGCGACCACCCAAACUCGUUCAGCGUCGACGAUGGCAGCUCAACCACCAGCUCAUCAACAACAAUAUACUCCUCAGGCUUCCGCUCAUUCCCAGCCUCAGGCCACUCAGCCUCGCCAGCCAGGCCUUUUCUCUCAAAUGGCCUCAACUGCUGCCGGUGUUGCCGUUGGUAGUGCUGUUGGUCACACUUUGGGUGCUGGUAUCACCGGAAUGUUCUCCGGUUCUUCCAGCGCACCAGCUGAACAACAACAGCAGCAAAUGGCCGCUGCCCCAGUGCAACAAGGUGUUUCUCAGGAACAGGCGAGAGCUUGUGACGUUGAUGCCAGAAACUUCACCCGCUGCUUGAGCGACAACAACGGAAACAUGCAAAUCUGUGAUUUUUACUUGCAACAAUUGAAAGCCUGCCAGGAGGCCGCUCGUCCAUACUAG